UGAAUAGUAAAAGUGUGGCAGUGCACCAAACACGCUUCUGGAGAAAAUGGAACCAUCUCCCCUUUUCCCUUGGAGAAUUCUCCUCCAACCAAAUGGUGCUUCAAUCCUCAAGUAUACUCCCUUCUAUGCCCGCACUUCUCCAACCUUCAAAAUGUGGGUUUCAUUUCCUCCUCCAUACAAGGCCCAUCACCAAAUACAUGCAUUUUCGGAAUCGCAAUGCGCACACCCUCAACAUGUUUGAUGAAAUGCUUCAAGGUUGUCUUCCUGCACUUAACUCUUUUAUUACCUCGUGUGUUCGCCGACGUGAUGCUGCCACGGCCUGGGCAAUCUUUCACCGUAUGCGUCAAGUGCGUUCUGACAUUGACGUUUAUACUUUCGCUCCUGUUUUGGGUGCCUGUUCUAUGUUGCCUAAUGUAGUCCGAGGCAAGCAAGUGCAUGCUUUGGUGAUCAAAAUGGGUUUUGAUUCUGGAACUGUGAUCGCAACUGCUCUUAUGGGCAUGUAUUCCAAAUAUGGGCUUCUAGGCGAAUCGUUGAAGGUCUUUGAAGAGAUAGAAUACAAGGAUGUAAUGACCUGGAACGUCUUGCUUUUGACUUUUCUACGGCAUGAUCUUCCUCGUGAAGCACUUGGUGUUUUGAAAGCAAUGAAAGGGGAGAACGUGGAAUUGAAUGAGUUUACUCUGUGUUCUGUGCUCCAAACUUGUGCUUCUCUUAAGGCCUUGAAGCAGGGCAAGCAAGUUCAUGGUUUGGUGGCCUCCAUGGGUCGUGAUAUGGUGGUACUUAGUACUGCUCUUAUUGACUUUUACUCGAGUGUUGGGCACAUCAGCGAAGCUUUGAAAGUGUUUUAUACUUUGUACUGUUCAAAAGAUGACAUGAUGCACAACUCAUUGAUAUCUGGAUGCUUAAGGAAUCGAAGGUACGAAGAGGCAUUUUCUAUCAUGCGUAUGAUAAGACCUAAUGCCGUUGCGCUCACCAGUGCCCUUGCAGCUUGCUCUGAGAAUUCAGAUUUGUGGAUUGGUAAACAAAUACAUUGCAUUGCAAUACGUAAAGAUUUCACUUCUGAUACCCAAUUGUGCAAUGUCCUGUUGGAUAUGUAUGCAAAAUGUGGUAGGAUUUUGCAUGCUCGAUUGUUGUUUGAUCGAAUAAAUCGAAAAGAUGUUAUUUCUUGGACAAGCAUGAUUGAUGCAUAUGGGAACCAUGGGCAUGGGCAUGAAGCUGUGAUGCUCUUUGAAAAGAUGAGUGAGGAUGGAACCAAGGUAUUACCAAAUUUGGUAACGUUUAUAGCUGUUUUAUCAGCUUGUGGUCACUCUAUGUUGGUGGAGGAAGGACGAAAAUGUUUCCAACUGGCGAUGGACAAAUACGGUCUUAAACCUGGUCCAGAACACUAUGCCUGUUUCAUUGAUAUGUUAGGUCGAGCUGAUAGAAUGGAUGAAGCUUGGUCUGUAUAUCACAGCAUGAUUGAGCUGGGUACUCAGCCUACUGCGGGAGUAUGGAUAGCAUUGUUGAAUGCUUGUAGUCUUAACGUGGAUGCUAAAAGAGGUGAAUUUGCUGCGAAACAUCUCCUAGAGUUGGAACCCGAUAAAGCUAGCAAUAUUGUUCUUGUAUCAAAUUAUUAUGCAGCCAUUGGAAGAUGGGAUUGUGUCGACGAACUGAGAAAUAUCAUGAGCACGAAAGGGUUAUUUAAGGAAGCUGGGAAUAGCUGGAUUACUGUUACUGGCUCCAGUCAAGGUGCCAAGUCUUUGUCCGCUUGAUUAUUCCAUCCUCUAGGUUAUGUUUGAAUCAAGGGGAAUGGAGAUGAAGUGAAAG